CACAGCAAUGUUGCCGAAGCGUUCCUUGCUAGUUGAAAGCAUUACACAGCCCCACAAAGAAGAUAAAGGAUGGGACCCAGGAAACGGCCUAAGCGAGAGGAAUGGACAUGACUCGGGUCGAUAUGAAGAAGAAGAGAGAAGAGAAGAAGACGACCCCGCUUGUUCUCACGAUUGUUCUUUCUCUGUGGGUGUCGUUCUUUUUGUUCGUCGGGAUAUACUGGGCGUCAUAAGUACUGUUCCUGGGUUGUUUUGGAGAUGUAAGAACUGCAUUCCUAACUGCAUUGUAAUAAACCAGGAUGAUGUUAAGAAUCUACUGAGUGGCAAAAUUGACGAGGCCAUGGCUUCUUUCAAGAAUCAAGUCACGAAAUUAUCUGCUGAUAUAUCAAGAUCUAUGAAAUCAUCUCAUGCAGUACCUUCUGUCAACAAGCCUGUAGUAUCCUAUGCCGAGGUCGUUAGAAAUAAGACCCAGCCAGCAUUAAUUAUUCAGCCAAAAAAUGGGAAUCAUCAAAGCAAGCAAACCAAAGCUGAUCUAAUACAGCAUGUGAAUCCUUGUACUGCGGAAGUUCAGUUAGCGAAAGUGAAGGAUGUUAGGGAUGGUGGUAUUCUUAUUGGCUGUAAGUCAAAGGAAGAAAAUCAGAAGUUGAAAGCUAUUGUUCAGGAAAAGUUGUCAGAUAGUUAUGUGAUACGUGAAAUUACCGGUAUUAACCCGCGGUUUCGGCUAGUCGGCAUGUCAGAUAAAUAUUCAGAUGAUAAAUUAUGGCACUUGUUAUUAAAAGGAAAUACUGAUAUCUUCGAAGAUGAUUUUGAAUGUAAAAUUGUUAAGCACUUUCCUACUAAAAAAGACCCUUCUGUAUAUCAAGCUAUUGUUCAGGUGGAUAGGAGUAGUUAUGACAAAAUUGUUAAAGCUGGUUACUUGUUUGUGGGAUAUGACAAUUGCACUGUUUACGAUGCUAUUGAUGUGUAUCGUUGCUUUAAAUGUAAUGAAUUCCAUCAUUCUUCUAGCAAAUGUAAAAGCGCAGUUGUUUGCCCACUCUGUAGCGAGAAUCAUGAGGUCAAACAUUGCAAAUCACAGACUCGUAAAUGCUCAAACUGUAUGAAACUUAAACAGAAAGAUGGUAGUGUGCAAACGGAUCAUGCUGUUUGGGAUAAGCAGAAAUGCAAGGCAUACAAUGAAGCCCUUGAUAGAUUAAGACACGACCUACUCAGUCAGUAG